CUUACCUUUCAAAUUAAUUAAGAAAAUAAUCACCAUGGCAGCAGUAAGUCUCCUGAAUCCCAAAGCUGAAAUCGCCCGAGCUGCCCAGGCCCUAGGAAUCAAUAUAACUGGAGCUAUGGGUCUGCAGAAGCUUAUGGCCACCAAUCUGGGUCCGAAGGGCACUACGAAGAUGCUCGUCUCUCCGGCGGGCGACAUCCGGAUCACCAAGGAUGGCAAUGUCCUGCUGAACGAGAUGAAUAUACGCCAUCCCACGGCUAACAUGAUUGCCAGGGCCAGCACAGCCCAGGAUGAUUCCCUGGGAGAUGGGACCACGUCCACGGUGCUCCUGAUCGGUGAGCUCCUCAAGCAGGCCGAGCUACUCAUCGCAGAGGGACUGCAUCCUCGCCUGCUGGUGGAGGGUAUCAUGUUGGCUAAGAAACACGCCUUGGAGGUACUCGAAUCCCUAAAGAUUCCCACUCUCAUUGAACGGGAAGCCUUGAUUCCGGUGGCCAGAACCAGUUUGAGAACUAAACUGGAACCUGACCUGGCGGACAUGCUCACGGACAUCUGCGUGGAUGCUGUCCUGGCUGUUCGUGGCGAUGGCAAGGAUCUGCUAGAUCUCAACAUGAUCGAACUGAUGGAAAUGCUGCAGCACACGUGUGUGGAAACUCAGCUCGUUGAAGGACUAGUUCUGGAUCACGGCGGACGUCAUGUGAAUAUGCCGAAGAUCCUGCAGGAUGCCUACAUCCUCACCUGCAAUGUGUCCCUGGAACUGGAGAAAACCUCUGUGACCUCGGGGUUUUACUAUAAAACCGCCGUGGAACUGGAUAAAUGUGUCACCGAGGAACAUCGCUUUAUAGACCUCCGCCUGGCCAAAAUCAUAGAACUAAAGAAAAAAGUCUGUGCGGGCAACGAAAAAGGAUUUGUGGUCAUCAACCAAAAAGGCAUCGAUGUGCCUUCACUGGAGGUUCUGGCCAACGAGGGUAUACUGGGAUUGAGACGUGCCAAACGCAGGAAUAUGGAGCGAUUGGUUAGAGCCUGCGGAGGAGAGGCCCUGAAUUCUCUGGAGGAUUUGAAGGAGGAGCAUCUGGGAUUCGCUGCCUUGGUACGCGAGGAGGAGUUGGGGGAAACGAAGUACACAUUCGUGGAGCACUGUCGCAAUCCCACUUCCGUAACAAUCGUGAUUCGCGGGCAAGCUCGUCACCAGAUUUCAGCCAUCAAAGAUGCCAUUCGCGAUGGUCUCCAUGCCAUUCAAAAUGCCGUACUAGAUGCCUGUGUUGUGCCAGGAGCCGGAGCCUUCGAAAUGAAGGCCCACAAGGAACUCUUGAAUGCCAAACACUCGGUGAAAGGGAAGGCUCAACUGGGUGUUCAGCUUUUCGCCGAGGCUUUGCUGGUUAUACCCAAAACCUUGGCCACAAACAGUGGCUUUGAUGUGCAGGACACAAUUGUCAAGCUGACGGAUGCCCAGCGGGAGACGGAGGGAUCCGUGGGACUCGACCUGGCAACGGGGGAACCCAUGGACCCCACUUCCAUUGGCAUACUGGACAACUUCUGCGUUCGGAGGCAAAUCCUGGACUCGUGCUCCAUUAUUGCCAGCAACCUUCUGCUCACCGAUGAAAUAAUGCAGGCCGGCAUGACCUCUUUAAAGGGUUAAACGCACACUUGGCCAUGAGAAUAGCCUAAUAAAGGCACACACC